CCGGCUGCGCAGGAACAGCUGGUACCUCAGGAGGCGGCGAGUGAGCUGGCGGGCGUGGGGUGCUGGUGGCCGGUCGGGCCACGCUGCGGGAGCCGCCGCCUCCGCCGCCGUCUUGCACCAUUGCACCAUGUCGGAGCAGCUGGAGAGUUGCGAGCGCGAGUGGCAUGAGCUGGAAGGAGAAUUUCAGGAGCUGCAGGAGACGCACAGGAUCUACAAGCAGAAGCUGGAGGAGCUGGGGGCGCUCCAGACGCAGUGCAGCACUUCCAUCAGCAAGCAGAAGAGACGCCUCAGGGACCUGAAGCACACACUCCAGAGGUACAAACGCCAUUCCAGUCAAGAGGAGGCGGAGCUCAUCCAGCAGAUAGGCGCCAACAUUAAGGAGCGGCAGAAUGUCUUCUUCGACAUGGAGGCCUACCUACCGAAGAAGAAUGGGCUCUACUUGAAUCUGGUUCUUGGCAAUGUGAACGUGACCCUCCUCAGCAACCAGGCCAAGUUUGCAUACAAGGACGAGUAUGAGAAGUUCAAGCUCUACCUGACCAUAAUCCUGCUUCUGGGUGCUGUGGCGUGUCGCUUUGUCCUUCACUACAGGGUGACAGAUGAAGUCUUCAACUUCCUGCUCGUGUGGUAUUACUGCACCUUGACCAUUCGGGAGAGCAUUCUCAUCAGCAAUGGCUCCAGAAUCAAAGGCUGGUGGGUGUCUCACCAUUACGUCUCCACGUUCCUGUCUGGAGUGAUGCUGACUUGGCCUAAUGGACUAAUUUAUCAGAAGUUUCGGAAUCAGUUUUUAGCGUUCUCCAUUUUUCAGAGCUGUGUUCAGUUCCUACAGUACUAUUACCAGAGGGGCUGUCUCUACAGACUUCGAGCCCUGGGGGAGAGGAACCACCUGGACCUCACCGUGGAAGGGUUCCAGUCUUGGAUGUGGCGGGGCCUCACCUUCCUCCUGCCUUUCCUUUUCUGUGGCCAUUUCUGGCAGCUCUACAAUGCCGUCACGUUGUUUGAGCUCUCCAGCCACGAGGAAUGCAAAGAAUGGCAGGUAUUCGUGCUGGCCCUCACCUUCCUCAUCCUCUUCCUUGGCAACUUCCUGACCACACUCAAAGUCGUGCACGCCAAACUCCAGAAGAACGGGAACAAGACAAAGCAGCCAUGAGCCUCCGCACCCUUGUGCCUGGGGUCUUGGGACUUAAGACUGCUGGGGAUUCCAGUCAGCACCCUGGCUGCUGGUCGCUGGUAGCCAUGGGCGGCAGCACCUCAGGGUCCAGCAGCAUCACUGGGAACAGGGCCAAGGCCCUGGUCCCUGGCCAGACAUGAGGAAUGUGAAGGCCACCUGUGCGCACAGUAUUAACCUGCCCGAGCUCCCUAUUUAUAACGUAUUUAAUGCUGGGUCUUACCCGCUUCCCCGGACUCUGAGGCCUCCCCUGCAGCCCUGGGUAAUGGCAGUGGCCUAUCUGUGUCUGUCUUCCAGGGAGGGGCAAAAAGCCUCAGGGAACCCCUCUCUUCCUUCUCUUAUUGUUUGAACCCCUCACUGGGAUUUGGAUGUGCCUCUCUGGGGUUGGCUUUAGCUGACCUGCUAUUUACCGUGUCCCAGGCACGGGGUGGAAUGAAACUUUCAGCAUCCUGUGGAGCCCCCUCCCCUGGGCCACCACCUCUGUGUAAGCGCCCCAUAGCCCCCACCCUCUGUGGUGAGGGAGUAUUUAAGUUCUCAGAGAUCCUGCCUGUCUUGUGUCUUGCUUUGUGUUUCCUGCAUCGCCUGCCCGCUGACCUAGGGGAGAGAGGAACAGCCUACUCAGGACCUAGAGGAGCCCUGAGGUGGUGGGGUUUUAAGGAUGAGCUCCACCAGAGGGCGCCCCGUGGGCUCUUGGGGGUUUCUCACUGCUGCCCUUGAGCCUUCCUUCACAAACGUGCUGUUGAGUCCUUGACAUAGGACCUAGACCCGGCGUGACUGGAACUUAAAGCCGUUUGGAGGUCACUCAUUCCCUGCCUCUCCUUCCACAGAGGGUCUUAUAUGUGUGGGAAGGGCUGUGCGGCCCCGUGAGGUCCAGGCAGCAAGGGUGAAGGCGCAAACAGGUUCCUUUAAACGUUCUGUCCCUUCCCGCCCAUGGGCCUCAGCUGCCUGCUCUACCGGGCCUCACAGCUGGCGUCCUCAGACAUGCUUCAUUUGGUCCUCACAAGAGUUUCAAAUUCUUUAGUUGUGUGAUAAAAAACGAGGUCUCGCCUCUCCCACCCUGAGAUUCCGUAAGAAUCCAGAUUUCUGUUUACCUUACCAAAAUGGAAAGGCCUGGCAAGAUUCCCAAAGGUCAGGAUCUGGCACCUGCUCCUGCUAGCCACAACCCGCCCCUCCCCCGCCCCACCCCACCCCACUUCCGUCCUUGGAUCGCCCGGCCUGUCCUCUGCAGGUACCUAUGAUUGGCCAGGUUAGGAGUCAGCAAACUUUUCCCAUUAAAGCCCAGAUGAUGAGUAGUUUAGGCUUUGCGGGCUAGUCCUGUGGUAACUUCAGCCUGCAGGUGUGGAGCAAAAACUGCCAUUGCAUAAUUGUGGCGGUUGAAUAAAACUUUAUUUACAAAAACAGGCAGUGGCCACAUGUAGCCCACAGGCUGUGUUUUGUUGACCUCUGCCCUACACCAUAAUUUUAUUCACAAGGCCUUUGAAUCUGAGAAAACAAGUAGUCCUUGGUUGGCUCUGCAGGGGACCACAGGCCCUGGGGCACUUGGGGGAAGGGGAUCUGAAGUCUCUCCUUGGCAACCUGACUUUAGGGGCUGAGUCCAGGUACUGGGAAGGUUGGGCCAGCCAAGGUCAUGGUUUCUUCUUGGGAGAUGCUGACUUCCUCUUGGGGGCACUAAAACCACCUGGGACCCUUGGCUUGAGAAGUUCUGAAAUGUAGACUCUAGACCUUCCGGAAGGAAAUGUCAGAACUCAAGAAUCUUGCUGUCGUAGACACUGGUGGUCAGCAGGCCAGUUCUGGAAAAUUGUCCAGUGUGGCCAGGGAUGACCAUGUCAGUUCCGGAAGGAGGCAGGGAUAGUCCAUUCCUGAGCCCCACACUCUGGUAGGAGCAAGAGACUGAAUCGGGUAGAAGAUGAGAGCUUGACUACUCCAAUGACCCGAUCCUGGCCAUUUACAGAUGGGGAAUGGUCUGGGCAGAGAGCCCAUUUCCCUGAGGCCCCUGACAGGAGUCCCCAGUGGAAGUCUACUGGGGGUUUGGAGGUGGGACCUGAAGCAGGGAUUGGGUGGGAGGCUUGGCUGGCCUGAGUAUAUUUUGACCUUUUGAGAUGUUCUUAGGCCUCUGAACAUCUGUCUCAGGCUAAGACAAAAGUCUUCAGUGUGGUACCAAUCGAGCAGCUAGCUGGUGCCAGCCCCAUGUCCGGCUUGAUGCCUGGGUUCUCCUGAUAGGCUGUGGCCCCGGGUUCCUGAGGGGGAAGAAGGAAGAGGCUGGAGGAUGUAGCCAAGCCUAUCUCAGGAGCUCAGGGAGACAGUGACAGAGGAACAGUGGGCUUGGAACUCUUGUAAACAGCAUUGCAGAUCAACAUUUGCCCAUGUUCUCAGUGUCUUUAAGUUUCAAGCAUGAAUUGGGUUUGGAAAGGGAAAUGCAUGACUGGGGCAAGAAGGAGCUGUGACAAGGGCCCUCCUGUGGCCUGGGAACAUGUGCCAAUCCCAGGGCAGAGGGACAUUGGUGGGUCUGACACCAUCAUUCACCACUGAACUAGAGCGUGAACCCAAAAGGUUGGAGAAUGCUCCAAGGGGCUAGCCCCAGAUGCCAGGCACUGGAAGGCUCUGAUGGGGCAGAGUCCCAGGAGUGGCCUAGGCCUGGGUCCCUGGCCAUGACAGUUCCACUCAGGGCUGUCUGCCCCGGGGUCACAGCAGCAGGCAGAUCCUGUGUUUUUUCUGCCUCUGUGCUUUCUUCAGGGCACUGAGGGCCACUUUGGCAGCUUCCCUGAAGACAUCUUCCACAUUCUCCCGAAACUUGGCAGAACAUUCCAGAUAAAGUGCAGCUCGCAUCUGUUCACAAGCAGUCAUGCCCUGGGAGGGGGAGGGGGCAGUAUUAAUUAGAUGAGGGCCUGGUGCCUCCUGACACCCCCUUGGAGUCCUUGGAGUUUGGGCUAGCUUUGGAGGCUCCCCAGAACUGGAAAACUAACUUUGGUGGAGACCAAAGUCUCUGUUAGAGCAGUAGCCAGUUUGGCGUUUGCAUAGCUGGAUGGAAGAAACCCCUUGCUGGCCCCACCUGUCCUCUCCCUAGCUUUCAGCAGAGGGGGCUGAAUUCUGUCUGAGAGCUGGGGCUGGUUACAUCUCAGGCUUCUCUGUUCAUUGUCAGUUCCAAACUCAAUGACUGAGUUUACUGGUGAAGUGAAAUAAUAAAAAAAUCUUGGUUUUA